ACAUGAUCUUAUGUCCUAUUUUGGAAUAAAGGAGAUAAGCUGGUACCUGCAUUUAAGUUGUGCCAUUUAAAGUGUGUUUCUACUAUGUUUUAAAUAUGGAGACACCUUUUUGUAAAAGGUUUGCCAAAAAUCACUGGAUUGCAGGAUUUAUUGAAUCAAGCAGCUUAAAACAUGACGGACCAGAGCAUUAUGGUACUAUGAAGGCUAAAAGAGGAAAGUAUAGAUUGAGUCCAAAUGAAGAGGCACAGCUAGUUAAAGAUGAAACUGAGAGAAGACGUAAACAGAGAAUUAUACAAGUAAGAGAACAGUCCAAGCAAAAUGCUGAAAAGAUAAGACAAGCUGUAAAACUAGAAAGAGACAGACAAGUUACUAAGUUGGCCGUAGAAUUACAGAAUCAGUUAGAACAAGAGAAAGAUGAAAAAGUUAGGAAGUUGGAGGCUCAGUAUGAAAAUUCAUUGAAAAGCAUAGGUCAAGGUCAUAAAGAGGCAGGUGAACAAUAUGACAGAACUGAAGAAAGGGAGCUUCUGCAGCAAGAAGAUAACAGAAGAGCUGAUGCAAGGGGAUCGGCAGCUAUGGACAAACUCAAAAGGGAAAGAAUGUUUCGAGAGUUUGAAGAGACAAAACAAAUAAAAGCAAGACAAGCUGCUUUAGAGGAAGAGAGAAAAAGAGCUGCUAUGAUAGCCUCAUUGCCACCACCUGAUCCUGAUCCACUUCUAGAUAUCAACAUACCAACAAAAAAACCUGUAAAGAUGACAGAUGUAGAUAAUUUUACCACAACACAUUACCAUAUUUUAGAACAAUAUUCCAUUGAUAAGGCUAAUUCUGUUACACAGGGUGAUGCUCGAGCAGCAGCUGAGGAAGAAGAGAGAAGAAUUAGAGAGAGAUCUCAGGAGUUAGUCAGAUUGAGUAAUGAUAGAAUGGCCAGGGCAAGAGUCAGACAUAAUAAUGCUCUGGAAAAAGAAAUACUUAGUCAUGACUAUGAUAAGAUGAUGAUGGACCUUAGUGAUUUACAGAGAGCAGACAGAGAAAGGAGGUUACAUGUAGUUGCAAACAUUCCAAAACAAGUUUUUGAGCCACCUCACAGAAGGAUAGAGGACAGAGAAGACCAUCAGAGAAAUUUAGAAACAGCAUUUGAAGACAUGUACAUGGCUCAAACAGAUUACGUAGGUGAUUUAAGUUUAGCAUUAGACCCACACCCACCUCCAGAGACGCCGUCUGCCACAGAAUCAUUAGAGGUAUCUAUGAUGACUGACGGAACACCUGUACAGGAACCUACAUUACCCAGAAUUCCACCUGUUCUUAAGGAUAUGACUAAUAUACCAAGAGCACCGGGAGAAAAGUCACCUGUGAAGAAGCCAGAAAAAGUGUUGAAGAAAUUAAUGAAUAAAAUCAAAUCCCAAAGAGAAGAAUGGAUAUCUAAAUCUAAUGUUGAUCUUGAUAUUCCUGAUGAUACUACAAUUAAGGUGCAAGAACCUGGUAGGAAUGAGUUUUCUCUAUCUAGACAUGUUCCUGGUACUCAGACAGAUGAGGUACCUACCAAGCUCAGUGCUCCUGAAGGUACAGCUGACAUAUCUGUUGACUCAGUUUUAGAACAACAGAAAGAGUUAGAUCCGAUAUUAAAUCUGAUGGCAUAUGGUACAAAUAUGAUAAACCAAAAACGAGUGCUAGAGGAAAAAUUGAAGGCUUUAGAAGGAGAGCAUGCUGCGUACAAACAAACAGCCCAAUUUAGACUACCUCAAAAUCAAGGCUAUCCUCUGGUACACACACAGCUAAUGAAUGGACAUGCUGCACCAAGAGAACAGAUGUCCUCGGGAUAUUCUUGGUCUGUACCCCAAAGUAUGCAUCAACCUCCAUUGUCAACUGGUUCCAUCACAGCACAGCCAUAUUUGACAACAGCUGGUACGGCCCAGCCACAAAUCCAACAACAGUACAUGUCAGCCCAACCACAAAUCCAACAACAGUACAUGUCAGCCCAACCACAAAUCCAACAACAGUACAUGUCAGCCCAACCACAAAUCCAACAACAGUACGUGCCAGUGCAGCAUACUGACAGAAUUGGUAUGACAGUAUCAGAACAACCAUAUCCCUUGCCAGUUACUCUGUUACCUAGGGAACCAGUUGUAGCAUCAUUACCAAAGCAGUAUAUUCCUUUGUCUCAUCGACAACAGGGGGACAUGCCCCAAAUGUCAACAGCAAAUAUGAGUAGUAGGAUGCAGCCUCCUACCUACACAUCAGCUCUCUCACAGAUCCAGACCCAGCAUGAAGCUGGAAGUUAUGGAGUGAGACAGCCAGCAGUCCAAUCACAACAACAAUAUGUUCCUCCUAGUGUAGCACCAGUUUCUGUGUUUAGUCGUGAGUCUGUUCAUCAUCAUCCUUCAUUGUCAAUGAGUUCAUUAUCUGGGUCAUCUGGAGAGUAUUAUCCACAAACUUUUCCUACACCAUCUCUCCCCAUUCCAUCCACAGUUGGCCUGAUACCAGUAACAUCCUAUGCUGCUCAACAAGACCAAACUAAAAAGAUCAAAGAUUAUCAACAAUACUUACUACAACGUCAUGAACAAAGUAAAAAAGUGCUGGCCGAUACCAGAGCUGAAAUUGAAAAAAGAAGACAGGAGUUACUUCAUAGGUUUCCCCAAUUGGCUGGUCAAUCGCCUGAAACCAACAAAGGAGAUGAACAACUCCAAGUAGUAAAUACCCAGGUAAAUAUUCCUCAACCUGCUCCUCCUCAGGUAACCCAGACAACUGCAAAAACAACAGAACUAUCACCAAGUAAGAACGCUAUAUCUUCACUUGUGACACAACUUGCCUCAGAUCCAUACUAUGCACAAAGAUUGGGACUCGGGAAAGAGAUAAACAGUAAACCAGAAGUUAGUCAGACUAAUAAUAAAUAUAAAGAUGUAAGAAAGUCUCUUCCUUUUGAUGAAUCUCUUCAAGAAUCACCUUACACUCAGGUUCAUGACUCUGGGGGUAAAUUUAGACAAACAGAAUUUGACUCUACAAUGGAAUCAGAUGAUAGGAGAGAUUUAGAUGAUACAGUAAUGUCAUCAUCUACAGACAGAGGGAGCCCAAAAUUACCAAUGAACGGAAGACGAUCAGCCCAGUCAACUGAAUCAGAUAUGGAUACAUCAGGUCAGAGUACAGGAAAAGAUCAAAAUGAAAUCUAUGAUAACAGACAACAGGAACUAAAGAAGCAAUUAGAGGAAAUCCAGAAACAGAAAGAGGCCAUAUUACAGAGGCAUGAUAUGGCACAUCUUAGACUACAUGCUGAACAGGAGAGACUUAAAUACCAGAUGGCAGAGGAGGAGAAAAGAUUGACUCCUGAUGUCACUUCAGAAGAUUCAACAACAGAGGUAGACACUGAUGAGGAAAGGAGAGGAGAAAUAUUAACAACUAAACACUUGAGAGGGCCACCACAGAAACAAAAAUUAAAUCUUCUUGGUGAACAUAGACCACAUGAGCUUAGUACCAUACAGGAGGUAGAUACUCCAAGGAGUGCACAGAGAUCGUUAGAAUCUGGGAAGCCAAGCCUUUCAUCUAGUGGUAGUUCAUUGUCAAGAAGAUCACUGGAUUCCUACCAGAUGUCUACAGGAACUAUCCCAGAGGAGAAGGAACCCCAAGAACAGUUUGUCACACCCACUUAUCGUAGGACGGCAGAGGAGACUGGAUACCAAACUCAACAAAUAGAACAGAUACUGGAAAGAGCUAGAGAGUUUGACCCCAGUGUUGUAGACAGACUUAAGCAACAAACCAAUGAUAUAUUUGCCAAUAUUGCUACUCCCCCACAGAAAGGAGGCACCCCAGGGAGUAACUUGUCAUUAUCGAUGGGAUCACUAACUCCUGAUUCUUUAUCAACAGGUCCCAUCAGUGACAGUAAUGUAUCUACGCAGUAUAACUCUCCUUCAGAUGCCCCAGCUUUUAAGAUUGUCAAUCAAAAAGGAAAAGACAAUAGCCGAAGUGACAGCUCAUACCGUAGCGGAAUGUCAUGGGCUGAUGAAUUAUCAAGCUACAGUGGACAAUAUCAUUCCAUGAAGAUGGACGACAGUAGUAAAACAUCAGCAGAUUCUAGACUGGAACCAGGUUCUAGGGUGCUUAAUUCUUCUAGUCAGGAAAAACUCAACCUUCAAGCAAUGGAUGUUAAAAGACCAAGUAAAAGUCCAGCAGACAGGAAAUAUGAUGUAUUUCAUAUGAAAAUAGAACAUCCAAACAUAGAAAAACCAGGCAGCCAAUUCAUCUUUAAGCAAGCAGAUGAAAGUAUUUCUUCUGAUUCUUCCAGUAGGUUAAAUAUACAAGAACUGUCAGAAAUAACCCCAUUAGAGAGAUCAAAUAAACAAGGGGAACUUUCUCAGUAUCCAUUACUUGACAAAUCUGGACAGACGGAACAGUCUUCCAGUGAUGAUCGUUCAAGGGGAUAUACGUCAAGUUCUGCUGUGAAUGAAUCGUCUGCUAGAGAAUCACCAUUGGGUGGUGCUGAAGACAAUGUGGAAGACAGCAAACUUCUAAGGACUGGUGAAAGCUUAGCAUCAACUGCUACAUCUGCAAGUAGCUACAUGGAUUUAGAUGCUGUGAGUGGAAUAAAUAGACCUUUUGAUUUCAUUGGUCAAUUUAAAUUAACUGGAAGAGAUCACUCUGUGCCUAAUUCAAGUGAUGAUUUAAUAGAUCUUGAUUCCAGCAAAUAUACAGAAAAGGGUGGUUUUACCAGUACACCAUACACAACAGAUGAUAAGAUAUCAUCACAGCUAUUGUCAGAACCAUCUCAGUAUGAUUUGACUCCAGGAGACAUCCAAGGAAGAAGUGCAGCUAUUCCUCAACAAUCUUUUGGCAUUAGUUCAAACCGAACUCCUGCAUUUGUUUCAAGAAGUGGUGAUUUUGGAUCUGAUUUCUCUGAUCAGGGUUCUGGUGAAAAGAAAGUAAGUGGCACGUUAAGUCAGUAUAGUUUAAAAUCUGAAACACCAGGAGUUACUCUGAUUGGUAAAGAACUAAGUCAAUACACCAUUGGGUCAGAAAAUGUGUCACCACUUAGUCAAUAUAGUAUUGAAACCACAGAAAAUAUUUCCCCUGAUCCAGCAAUUAAAUCUUUAUCCCAGUAUAGUUUGGAACCUUCUGCUAGCCAUGACAUCAAAGAUGAUUCCUCUCUUAGUCAACAUAGUCUUGAUCCUUCAAGACAAAUAUCUGGCUUCAGCUUAUCAAAGGGAGAUAAAUCCAUGACACAAUACAGCUAUAGCACUGAUUUAACUGCAGAGACAACUCAGUCUUCAGGGCGAGAUCAUGUUGAUGGACAUUUAAGUCAAUAUUCGCUCCAAACAAAUGAAAAAUCUUUAACCCAUGGACAGCUAAGUGACUCAGAUUUAAUGCAUACUUCAAAAAUGCCUUCUACAGAUAAUUUGUCUCUCAGUCAGCAUGCUCUAGAUUCUACAAAUGAUGACAAUGACAGCAUUGUAGAGAAAAAAUUUGCAAAUUUAGACAAUUUGAUAAAGGAAUCACGAGAUCUCAUUGCAAAACACAAGAAGUUAAUCACAAAAAACAAAGAUUGGGAAGAGCAAUCAACAGAAUCGACACCUGAGAGGAAAAAUGAAAAUCAGAAUAGAAACAAUAACAAUUUGAUUGAAAUGAUGGGCCUGAGAUUAGAGCCAGAAGUGAUAUCAACAAAGAUAGAUACAUCAGAGUCAAGCUUUAAUGUGACAGAUGAUGUCAGUCCAAUGAUGAUCACAGCUUCUAGUGCUGAUAUGACACAGGACCACUUCAAGACAGCUGAUUCUCUCUCCAUAGAUAAUAGUGUAGGACACAAGUAUGGAGAUUCAGCUCUUUCACGGUUGUCACAGCUUGACACUACAGCAGGUAUUUCUGAUGAACCAGACCUGACAUUGGUUACAGAGAGUUCUGAAGUCAGCAUCAAUCAAGAAGGACAACUCACUCAUCGAUCAGAGUGUAGCAAUAAUGAUGAUUCAGUAUGGUCUUUUGAACAACAUGAGCAAAGUGCCAGAAGUUCUCCAGAUAUAACAGAGAAUGAUUUUCCUGAUUUAGGUGAAGAGGAGGACCACUCAGGCUUAGCUGGUCAGACAUUACAAGAAUCAUUUGAUAGAAGACAGCAAUCAAUGUCUUCAGUGAAAAGAGAUGCAGGAGAAGAUGUGGUGUUUAGAGCUGUUCCUGUUGUAGUCAGUCCAACCUUAUCAUUCUCUAUGAAGUUAAAUUCUGAUAUCAAACCAAAGGCACCUUUAACAUGGGCAUCAGAAUUAUCAGGGAAACAAGAAUUACCUGUUUUAGCAGCUGGUGCAAAGCCUAGUUUUAAACUUGCUGAACCAAAGCAUGUAGCUAAGAAAGAUUCAGAUAAUAAGAAAUUUGAGAAGCCAGCAACAGCAGUAUCAAAUUCAAAGUCAUCAGGAAAUUUGAAUCGUGCUCUUCAGCCUAGAAGUGCAGGAUCUGUCCCAUCAAUUUCAUCAUCAAGUGGUGAUGAGAAAUCUCUAGUACAUUCUAAAUCUGCUGGUAUUAUUAGUCUUGGAGAUUUCUUAAAAAGACAAGUUUCAAGUGAAGAUGACAGUACAGUACAAUCUGAAUCAUUUUCUCAGAAAAAUAACUCUGCUUUGGUAACAACAAAGAAUAAACCAGGACCUAGCAUCAAUACUAAACCAGCUUCUGUGAGUAAACCUUCUCCGUCUUUCUAUGGUAAGGCAAAGGAGUCAUCAAAAGGAUCAUCUUAUAGCAUAGGGAAGAAGGCAGAAACAGGAACCAGUUCAAGUGGGAAACCAGGAAUAUAUGGGAAAUCUCAGGGAGCCAAACCAGCUGUGAAUUCUCAUAUGUCCAAAACAUUGUCUUCAUGGAAGAAAAGCAGAGCUGUAAAAUCAUCAGGGCCUCCUCCACCACCGAAACAAUCUUCUCAUUUUCCCAAUGGAGUUACAGAAUUCCCUAAACCAAGUUCCAGAAGUGAAGAAGAUGAAGCUUAUGAACGUCGUAUGAGGGCAUACAACCCUCGAUUGUUUAGAUUACAAAAUAGACUGGGUAUAGAGGAACCUGAGGAAACCCCAAGUGAGGAGAAAAAGAAGAGUCCAAAGAGUAGAGAGACAACAGAGGAAAAACAAAAAAGGGCAGCAGCUAGUAGAGAUAAAGUCAAAGAAUUCCAAAAGCCAUCAAGAUUAUUUGAUUCCAAAUCUACGUCAAAAAUCCCUGUUUUAAGAAGCUUCAGGAAAACAUGAGAAAGAAACAACUACAGAAAAAACAGAGCUCAUGACCAAUUAGAUAAGGAUUGUCACAUUGGGAAGGAGAGAAAAAACAAUAUAGAUAGGAAAUAUAUGUCUGUAGAAAAGUACUCCUAAUAUCAAAUUAGAACAAGUUUUCUGUUAUUCACAGCAUAGAACAUACCUGAUAUGUAUAUUUCACAGAGAAUCUGUAACUGGUUUUUUUAGUUUGGUCAUUCGACAUGUUAGGGAAAUUAGAAGCUUGUAUAGUUGUACUAAAAAUGUUAUUUAUUAAUGUAAUUAAGAUUAGUUUUUAUAUCUUGCCUGAAAUACUAUUUGUAAUAUAUUGAUUUUUGGAUAUGAUAGUAACUUUUGAUGGUUUUUCAUUAAAAAUGUAUUUUUAUAUCAGAUGACUUGUAAUACAUCAUGGUUAUAAAAACAAGAACCAAAAAAAGAAACUUUUAAUUCAGUUUUAUUUAAAUUUUUCUUACAUUUAGUUAAUAAACUAUUUAGUCAUGAAGUUUUUACUCAUGUUUAAAUCUGAUCAGUUUAAAAAGACAUAUAAUAUGUUAAUUGUAAAUUUAGCUUACUUAAUAAUUUUAAUGGCACAUAGACUAAUAGAUUGUGGAAUGAAGCUAAAUUAGAAUUUUUAGUGCUGUAAUUUAUUUUUGUAUAAAGACUGCCAGAAGGAGUGUGUUGAUUCUGUGAUAUUAUGAUAUAGAUACAUGUAUUGGUAUUUUUAUAUGCGAAAUAAAAAUUUAAAACUGAAA